AAAAUAAAAAGCCACACCUGAGACGCAGAUCAGUAGAAUGAUAAUCUGCAUCUGCAUAAACUAAUUUUAAACCUAGAUUGUUGAGAAACUUAAGUCAAUUUUUCCAGGAGCCCUUGAGCUCCAUAUUUUUAUGAUGCUCACUCAGGAAACUUUGUUUAAUGGGCCUCUCUUGGUUUCAUGCAUUGCCUCUGGUAAUUUGAUAGGCGCCUUUAGUUACCUUAGCAGCUGUUUGUGAUCAGCGUCACUUGGUUUUUCACUAGCAUGAAGAAUCAAAAGAUCAUUGCAUAUAUUUCUGCCCUUGGCUUAUACAAAAAGAUUUUAAAACACCUCUUCAUCCCCAGUACCAGGCUGGCUUGGAUAGCACUGCAAUAAACCUAUGGACAUAAGAUGAGGGCCCUAAGAGCAGGAGCAUGCAGAAGCUAGAAAAGGAUCUGCAGGGAUUUUCGGUAGAUUGGUUUCUGACUCCCAACUGUUUAACAAUAGCAAAAGAAAAAAGUUGUUUUUUCACCAAUGGGCAUUCUCAGACACAUAUCAGGAAAUUCAAGGCUGCACUGUUAGAGUUGGAAAAACUAGACUGUUUGCAAUAAGGCCACCGCACAAGCUGCCAAGCCAAAAAGAACCAUUGUGGUCUGCGGUGUUCCAGAUGGCGCCCUAAGUGACGACGUCAUGGCUGACAUAUUGAUGAUUCAUUUUCAAAAGGCAAAGAAUAAGGGGGGCGAUGUGGAGGAUGUUGUCUACCCAACAUCAAUGGAAGGAGUGGCAUAUGUAACAUUUGAAGAUGAACGAGAUGCAGAAAAUGUUCUCAGGAAAGGCGACCACAGCCUAGAGGACAAGAGGCUGCUUGUGGGUUAUCCCUUGAAAGUGUCGUCAUACGGAAAAAGCAUUUUUACCUGCAUGACAUGCAUCCUCAACUUGUCCCCAUUUGGAGAGAAAUACAACUUGGAAAGUCUGGUGCAAGACUUCAAGAAGAAGUUCCCAAAUUUGAGCUUUGGCCCAUUACAGACUAACGGGCUAAUAAGUGUACAGGGUCCAUUUUUAGCCAUCAGCGCUCUCCAAAAGAAUAUCUUAUUAAACAUAAAGCAUUCCCUUUCAGAACAACAUGUUGCAAGAAAUCUAAAAGCGUCAGAUCACAGGCCUGGUACAAGACAGGCAAACAGCGGAUUAUCCUCAGAGCUGAAAAAUAAUUUUGUGCAAAAUGCAAGCAAGGAGGAAGGACUAACCAUUGCCCUUGACACCGAUACAUAUCACUAUAUGAGAACAUUUAGAGAAGAGUUUUACCAAAGGAGUCUAAAAGAAUGUGGUGUCACUAGUUAUGCUGCUGUAGAUGGGGAGGUCACCACCAUAUAUCUAGAGAGUGACAACACAAAACCAGGUUCCAGAUCGUUAAGACAUGCAAAAGAGAGGGUUGAUGGCUUGUUGGCAGGAUUAUAUGGCUUUCUGCGUAAAGAAAGAUUGUCACAUGAAAGGUGCAGCAACUCUGAGAAACGGAGACGUGAGCGUACAUGUGAGAUGUUAAGGAGCCAGUAUCCAAACGUUCUGGUUCUAGAAUACCCAACCCACAUUGAUAUUAUAGGGUCCUCCUCAGACAUUUAUGAGUUUGCAAAACAAGUAAAUAAAAUGAUGGGAAAUGCCCCCAGAGAACCUUGGAGAUAGGCAGAUGGUUAUUUUGAUCUCUUGAGGGCAGACCUAGAUUUUAUGUUUGGCACAGGAGCUGCCACCAAAAACAGCAACCACCUGUUGUGUUCUCUGCUUAUAACAUUUUAUGCACACUUGGUAGUGGUGUGGUGUUGUUGUAUCGCCUGCUUCCCGACCCCUGCACCACAUCUGUAGUUAAAAGAAGUGGUAAAAUGGCACAGGGCAAGUGGCGAAAAGGAAAAGUGAAAGAGCUUUACACAAGGCUCAUUUUUUGGCGGAAGUACUGUGUUGACCAUAAUGGUUAGUUCUACACUGACAAUAAAGUGAGCUGAAACAUAUUGACAGUAACAGUGAAAGGAGAGCUGCUGCCUAAUGGGAAAGCUGAAAGUAGAACAGUUUAGCAACUUGUGGUGUUUUUUUUUUAAGCCUAUAGGUGUGACCUUUUCAGUGUGUCCCUCAGGAUUUCAACACACUACUUAAUAGAGCGGUUUUGCUUUCUGAAAGUUUUUGUUUCUUCCUUGCCUUUUUCUCUGGUCAAAACAACCCAGCAUUCUCAGCAAGUUCCUGCUCACCUGAGAGCUUUCUUCAAUGGUCCUGUUAUAUAGAAGGUGAUAUCAUAGUUUAGUGUGGACAGCUGAAGCUGUUUUCUGUGUUUGACAAUGAGACCUGGAAAUGAGAUUUCUUCAUGGUGUAUAUAGUUCAGUAUCACCGGAUUAAAGCUGGCUCUGUUGGUCAA